AUGGCCCCUUUUUUCAAAAACAAAAAUAAGCAUUCAAAAACUUCAUCAGAUGGAAGCAAUCUAGCUAACAGUCCUUCCUCUAGUCCACAAGCGAGUAGGUCCUCCUCAGGUCAGAGUACGAAACUUUUUAAUUCCGCUUAUAGCAGAUCUCCAGGUAUAGGAUUACCACCAAACAAGAGCACAUUCAAAGUCCACCAUGUUUCGGGUGAAAGAAGUGUUUCAGUUGAUUACCCUUUGAAUUCAGCACCUAGUGCUUUAUCGUUGAGCCAGUACGGUGGUGCUUCUGGAACAGCGCAGACGCAUAACUUACAAUACAAAUCACAGAUCAAGUCAGAAACGGAAAAUUUACCUCAUACUUCACUACGGAAAGCCACGGAUAGACCUCUACAGUCGAAUGCUGAAGGCAAUAACACACGUGAAUUUCAACCAGGGAAGAAAAAUAUGCAAGAUUUUCAUUCCAAUUUGAAUGUGUCUUCUUCAAGUCCGUGGAAGAAGAAGACGUUGUAUAAUUCACCGUUUCCUAGGUUUAGUCAUGCAGCUUCGUCAACAACUUCGGAAGCUGGGGCUGUAUAUUUGAUGGGUGGAUUGUGUGGGAAAAAUGUUUUCGGUGAUAUGUGGAUUGUUGAGCCUGUCAAGAGUGAAAACGAUAGAUCAAAAGAUUACCCAUAUAUCGCCUCACCAAUUGAGAAUUUUGAAAGGAUUCCGACACCCAGGAUUGGGCACUCCUCAAUAUUAAUUGGGAAUGCUUUCAUUGUGUUUGCGGGCGAUACCGUAACGAACGCUACACAAGAACUAGAUGACAAACUUUACUUUUUCAAUAUCACUUCACUGAAAUGGACCAUAACAUCACCGGAAGGUCCAAAACCUUCAGGAAGAUAUGGACAUCAGAUUGGUGUGCUUAAUUUUGAGAAUUCAUCCAGCCAGUCCAAGUGGUCAAGCUUCUUGUACGUUUUCGGUGGGCAGGUCGAAAAUGAAUAUUUUAGUGACAUGUGGAAGUUUGAUCUUUCAAAUUUUAGGAAUCCAAAAACAUGCUGGGAGAAGAUAAUACCAGAGCCAGAGAGCUACAUUCCACCACAGCUUUCAAAUCAUACUAUGACUGCAUAUGAUGAUAAGUUUUACGUUUUUGGUGGAACCGAUGGCGUCAAAGUAUACAACUUUUUAUUAUGCUUUGAUGCUUUGACGAAUCAGUGGAAUAAAUGUAUUUUAAGUGGGUUUUUACCUCCACCCCUUGAAAGUCACUCUGCAACCUUACAUCAAAACUUGCUAUUCAUAUUCGGAGGAAAAUUGUUGAACGGUGAAACGUCUAGCGAUAUGUUCAUUAUCAAUUUAGAUUCUUUUGAAUGCUUUCAACUUCAGAGCAAUUUGCCAAACUGUCCAUCUCCAAGAUGUGGGCACACCAUUACAGUUGACUCGGCUCAAGAAAAGAUGCUAGUGAUGGGAGGGGAUCAACUCGAUAGUGAUUUUCAAGGUAUCUCAGAAUCACAAAACAAAUUAAUACAAACUUCACAGUUUGAAUAUCCUAGCUCAGUCAUUUAUGAACUUGAUCUCCUUUCUGUCCCCAAGUUUUUGAGGAUGCAUGAUGCUCUCGCUUCGGAAAAUGGAGUACCGGGUUCCACUUCUGUUGAUAAGAUAACACAUGUCUCCCAAACCCAAGAUGAACAUUCUCCAGACAAAAACGUCUCAAAGAUCCUCAAUCGGCAAAGCCAGUAUGUUGUGUACGAAAAUGCGAGUGAUGAUGAGGUUGUACACGAUGUUUUCGCUCCACAAGACACCAGUUCCCGUGUUUGGGAAGAUGUCGAAAAUCCGAACUCUGAAUCUCAUACUCAUGUGGCCCUUGACGUUUCGAAAAGUGACAAUAAUUCAAGGAUUCAAAAACAACAGAAGAACGAGUUGACAUUGAAAACAGAAGACUGCUCGUCAGUCAAAAGUACUGGUUCCGAUUCUUCUCCUGUUAAUCGUCUCCUUGAACCUCUCGAACUGUCAGCACCUAAUAAAGAAGCGGAAACUAUUCGAACUAGCACUGAUGUGAAUGAUGAGGAACGUCAUUUAACUGGAAACAAAUUUCCUCAAAUGAAAAGAUCAUCUGAGCUUUCUCUUGAUGCCAGACAUCCAGACGUGCAGACGCGCCCCGUUACUGCUAGUUGGGCAACAUCAGCGCCCGUUUCUGGGCCGAAUGUUGGGAAAAAUACCACCGAGGAGUUUCAUCAACUCCUGAAGAAGCUAAGAGAGGAAAUGGGAGAGAAUAUGGAUAAGGCAAAUCAGAAAUUGAACAAUCUAGAGAAAGAAAAACAGAUCCUUCUGACAGAGAAUCGGGAUUUGAAAUCAAAACUAUGUGGUUGCGUCGAUGACACACAAACUAGAGAGCUGAAAUGUGCAGAUCAUUUGGAUACGAGCAAUCAACCAUCUGUUAGAAAUAUUUCAAGUGGUCGUAUCUUCGAACUUGAAAAUCAGUUAACACUUCUCAAGGCAGAAAAUGCCUCGUUGUCAUCUACGUUGGAGGAGUUUAAACCAGCAUUUAACAACCACGUCAAGAAUAUGAGCGGCUUCGAGUCGGUUAUCAAGAGCCAGAAGGAAUCCAUCAGUUUUCUGAGGGCAAGUUUAAAAGGGGAAGCUGCGAUUUUGAAGAAAAUAUAUGAUUUGGAAGCCCAUAUCAAAUACUUAGAAUCACAAGCAAAGACCCUAGGUUAUGCUUGUGGAGCAUUGAUUCCCCACACAGAUGGGGACAAUGAAGAUGAGACACAAAAAGUGAUUCUCGAAAGAACUGAUACGCAUCGUCAGAUAGUUGAGGCAUCCAAUAACCUGAGUUCGUUCGUGAACGUUAUUAACAAAGUUCCCCAGGAAAAGUUAUUUGCUGAAUUAGUCGGCUAUAAUACAACAGGAGGAAAAUCCUCAAAUGAAGGGAAAGAUCAGCUCAUCUCGGAUUUGCAGUUACAGAUUGAAAAGUUGAUUGAAUGCAAGAAAUCUGAUGAUAAUAAAAUUGGUCAACUGGAAGCACGAAUUAGCGAGCUUGAAUUAAGAACUAAGGAAUUGGAGGAUAUGAACCAUGCAUCGCACACUUCUCUAAAAAACUCCCACAAAGCUUUGACUAUCUCUCAAAACGAAAUCGAAAAGCUCAAAGAUUCUAACAAGCAGCUUACAAGCUCAUUGAAAGAAUACGAGCUGGGAGGAGUCGAUUUCAAAAAUACAAAAGCUGACGAUUCUUCGUCGAUGGGCACUAGUGCUCAAAAAGAUAUCGCUGGAAAUGCUCAAUGGUAUUUCAAGUUAAAGGACCUAGAAGCCGAGCUGUUUAUCGUGAAUCAAGAAAGAGACCAUUUGAAGGAGGAGACAAUAGCGUUGAAGAAAAAACUGUUCAAGUCCUCAUCGUGA